CGUAAAUAGAACGCUCGACCACUCUCCACCGAGCCACGAAGGCCGGUCACGGAGUCAAAGGCGGCGGCGAUGGAAGAAGCAGCAGAGACUGAUGCCUCCUACCCGCCCAUCUUCCGCCGGCCCAACCCCGACCCAAACCCCGGCUCGAAGCACGACGCGGACCAGCGCCCGGCUCCCGCUAGCCCGGUCUUCGAAGUACCGGUGAUCGAUCUGGAGCCCCUGGACCCGGUCCGGCUCGAAGAGGUGUGCCGGAGUGUGGGGCUCUUCCGGAUCACCAACCAUGGUGUUCCCUCGGCCCUUAUGGACCGGCUCCUGGACCAGGCCAGGGGGCUCCUCUCCCUCCCCUUCGAGUCCAAGCAAACCCUGUUUUCGGACCGCUUGUCCUACAUCUGGGGCACGCCGUCUUUGGGUGCAAAGGUGAGCAACCUCAACUGGGUCGAAGGCUUCCACAUUCCCCUCGGCCAGCUCAAGUCCAGAGCACACGAUUUGGACUCUCAGGACUCGGCUGCUUCGUUUAGGUGUUCGGCAGAUGAAUAUGGGCAGCACAUGGCACGCAUAGCAAGGACACUUUUUAAUGCUGCGGCUGCCAGACUCGAACUGGAUGCCAAGAAGACAGCUUCGUAUCUAUCUGAAUUUGAUGGCACAUUUGUUCGAGUCUAUCGGUAUCCAUGCUGCCCUGACAUUGAUACGUAUUUUGGGAUGGGUGCUCACACAGAUAGCUCAGUUUUAUCCAUCCUGUGCCAAGAUGAGUUGGGAGGUCUGCAAGUUUUUCAUGACAACCAAUGGUUCGAUGUAGCACCAAUUCCUGGCACGCUUAUUGUAAACCUGGGAGACAUGAUGCAGGUUUAUAGCAACGAUGAGUACAAAAGCGUCAAACACAGGGUGCUGGCAAAUAGAAGCAAGGAGAGAAUCUCGGUGUGUUAUUUUGCUUUUCCAAUGGAAGAUAGUCUAAUUAUCAGCUCCAGAUAUAAGGCAUUUACUUACAGAGAGUGGAAGGCCAAAGUGCUAGAAGACAUCAAAGCCACUGGAGACAAAUUAGGGCUCGUACGAUUCAGAAUCGAUGAUCCAAGCUAAAUCCUCCGAGUUCAACCACUGUUCUCUCUCAUGCACCUAAUUUGUUUCAAGUUACCAUGCAGUUUAAAGAAACUUCGGGGAAUAUAGAUGUAUGAAGAUGAGACUAAAUUAUAAAGACUUAACUGUAUGAGCACUGAAAAUAUCUAUAAUUGCUUUUUUUUGGUAA